UCUAAAUGAACAGACCUAUCUUCACUACGUGAUCGCGCAAUGGAAACAGAAAACGCGCGCGAAAUCGUCACAGAAUGUCUGUACUCUGUAGCAAUAUCUGUGCAACGGCAUAAAACAGAGAAAAUUAGUUCGCGAAAUGGAUAAUGUUUUUAUCAAAAUAAAAAAGUAAAAAUAAAAGGUAGUGCUUGUGUCGAAGUUUAUACAUUUUGUAAUAAUAGUGAUAAAUAAUACUCUUUUGGCUGUUGUUAAAAAUUUACAGUAUUCUUAGUUUCUUAAGAUUAAAUAAACAUUGAACAAUGGAUUUUACACCGAAAAGAAGUCGAAUCGCGAAGCUGGAGGUGAAUCCUCUUCGAGAACAGUACCCUCAUGACUUAAAUACAUAUCAAGUGCCACCAAAAGGUGAUUUGUUGUUUGUUGAUUUUCAAAAUUAUGCCAUUGAAAGGCAAAAAGUUCUUCAAUUGCUAGAAGCUACAAUAGCUCAACAUCACAAAACACCAGAUGAUCUUAAAACAGCAUUUAUAAAUGCAUUGAAAAAAGAAGAAUUUUUUACCUAUGCUAAACUUGUAAAUGCAAGUGGUUGUGCCAAUCAUAAUGAUGCAGACCUGGAAGCAAGGAAAAAAGACCACAUAGCACACUUUAUUUUAAGAUUAGCAUACUGUUUAAAGGACAACCUUCAACAGUACUUCAUGAAUUUAGAAGUGGAACUUUUUAAAAUGAGAUUUAAUUCAUUAAACAAAGAAGGUGUUAAUCAAUUUCUAGUUCACAGUGGAUUCAACUAUGCUCAAGUAUCACAGGAAUUCAAAGAAGCAAACCGAGAUAAUUUAAGCAUUUCAACUAUAACUGCCAAAGAUGUAGAUUUUAUUAACUUAGAUUUCUAUGAAUUGCCUUUCUAUGAAAUUUUUGAUUUGGUAUCUGAUAGAAAAGUAUAUGUGCACAAAGGAAUUGCUUAUGUGCCUCAAACUGAGCUUCAAUCUGUUUUUGUUUCUCAUUUUAGACAUUAUUUACAAGUUGAAAUGAAUAGAGCAAAAAAAUAUAUAUUGAAUCAAUUCAAUGACGAAAGAAUUCAAGCGUUUCUGAGGAGUCUACCUGAUUGCUUUUCAGAAAUGGCUAAAGUCAUUUGGACAACAGAAUAUACUCCAAUAUCUAAGCUGAAUGAAUUGUCUAAAACGUCAUACCCACUUUGUAUGAGAAUUAUGCAUGAUCAUCUGAUUGCCAACCACCAUUUGAAAAAUACAGCUCGUUUGCAGUAUGGUUUGUUCCUCAAAGGUAUUAACGUUAGUCUUGAUGAUUCUAUAGAAUUUUGGAAAACUGAGAUGACGAAGAGAGAAGGUAUGACAGAAGAGAAAUUCAACAAGGAAUACCUUUACCAUAUUCGGUAUAAUUAUGGUAAAGCGGGUAGACGUGUGGAUUAUAGGCCACAUGCUUGUCCAAAGUUAAUUAAUGAUCCCAUUCAAGCUGGUGAAGUUCAUGGAUGUCCAUUCAAACAUAUGGAUACUGAACAUUUGACUAAAAAACUGAAUGAAUGUAAAAUAUCACCUGCAGAUAUUACAAUCAUUAAUGAACUUGCUUCUGACCAACACUACAAUCUGGCUUGUACUAAGUUCUUUGAAAGUGUUCACAAACAACCACCUGGAAAAAUGUUCCUACAUCCAAAUGGAUACUACAUCCAAAGUCGUGAAAUAUUGACCAAGGAUGAAAACAAACAGUCAGAAGACGGAAUAAAAGUAGAAAACACGCAGCAGACAUUAUCCCCCGAGAAAAUUUCACAACCAAUUAGAGUAAAAGUGGAAAACAAUCUGAACACAAAUAAUGUUACGCCGUCGAGAACAAGCGAGAAGAAAGUGAAGACGGCGGUGGAUAGGAAGAUGGAGAAAAUGACUCCUAUCAAUAUUGAAGCGUUACUGUAUGAUAGCGAUUGAUUACAAUUUCUAUUAAAUGUAACUUUGUUUAUUGUAAGGUUCGAAAUAUAUUUUUCAAUAUCUGUUAUUAUAAUGAUAAACAAUAUUAAAUAUAUUGAAGUCGUGUUUAAACACGCCUUCAAUAUGGAGACAUUUGAACAAAAAAUUUUUUAUAUCCA